AUGGCGAUUUCGGCGAGGGAGAAUAUUCUCUCUUUGUCGCGGUUGCUCUUCGCUGGCGGUUCUCUUCGUCGCCGCAAGGGCGAUCUCUUCAACCUCUAUCAUCCUCACGGCGAUGGAAGGCGUAGCGAAGAGAUCUUCUCUCUUCUCUCUGUGGCGAUGGAAGGCGAAGAGAUCUUCUCUCUUCGUCGCCAUAUGUGUUCUCUCUCCGUCGCGGGGAAAUGGCAACAGCAACAGAUCCACCGUCUCAACAUCCACGAGUAUCAGGGUGCUGAGUUGAUGGGGAAAUAUGGAGUUAAUGUGCCAAAAGGAGUCGUUGUUUCUACGUUGGAUGAAGUGAAAAAGACUAUCCAAGACGUUUUCCCUAAUGAAAGCGAGUUGGUUGUUAAGAACCAGAUUUUGGCUGGUGGAAGAGGUCUUGGAACAUUCAGCCUAAAGAUAUUGCUAGUAUUGUGCAUGGUUUCUUGUUUGUGGCCUUCUUCAAGUGUUGUUUUUGUUGUCUCGGGAUUUAUUGAUCUAGUUCUGAUUUUUAUCAUUGUAGGAAAGAUGUUAGGACAAGUACUUCUCACCAAACAAACUGGUCCUCAAGGCAAAGUAGUUAGCAAGUUUUGCUCAGCAGUUAACUUCUCUGUGUAUUGA